AUGACGCCGCCCGUCGAUCCCCCCACACACAUUACCCUCCGCCUCAAAGUUCCCCCGGGUCACAUUGACGGCGAUCCAGACUCCUUCGUUCUUCCCUCCCCAGUUCCCGUCGACACAACGCUUGGUCAAGUGCGAGACCUGAUCCACACUUCGCUCCCCACCAAUCCGGAACCCGCACGUCAGCGACUGCUCUACUUUGGCCGAGCAUUGGUGGACAAUGACCAGACACUUGCGAGCGCGUUGAACAUCACGAGAGAGCCCAGCCAAACGGAAUAUAUCGUCCACCUAGUGGUGAAGGCUCCGGAAUAUGUUGYGCCUGCAGGGCGCGCUGCGACUCCGCCACCGGAGCCAUUCCCCAACGAGGAUGAGCAACGCCUUCUACGAGAAAUGGUAGAUUGGCCAGGAAGACUACCGGAGACGAGACUGCCGGAGACGCGAGAAGAGCUGGAACGACAGCGACGAGUUGAAUUCCUCAGGAGGAGGCUUACAACGUCGGUGAGACAAGUUCCAGUGCGGCAGCCGUUCCAUGGACCCCUGGGGGCCGCUGGAAUCCCCCAGCURCCACUGCCCGAUGCGCCUCCACAGCUACCACUGCCCAAUGUUGCUUUCCAGCAAGCACAGCUCAAUGCACCUCCCCUUCCAGGGCAGCCCCGCACGCACAACCUCUUCGUGCAAGGUGUUGGACCAUACGGAGCGCGAUUCGCCGUCCAUGACCAACAGCGUAUUUUCCAACAUCCUGUCCCAAACCCGCUCCACCCUGCGCCAGCCGUCCGCGAAGAUCCAGCAGAGGCAUUCAAUUCAGGACUCGCGCUCGGCCGUGUACGCGAGCAGAUCGCCGACCUGAACCGUUUGCUGCAAGAGCAUCGUGCCGAGUAUCAGGCGGAACAUGUCACGCCGGAGCAAAAUGCACACAUUGCACGCAUUGUGCGCAUGCAAGAGCAGGCGCGCAAUGUCCACGAUUACAUCCAAUCCACAGUCCCUCACUCGACUUUGAACCGUCGUCACGCCGGUAAUACAUAUUACAUCCCGCCUCCAUCGCAACAUGCUACGUACCGAGUUGGAAUGGCUCGCUCGAUCCGUGUUCCGCCUCCAGAAAACCCAGAGAACGUGACUUGCUACCUCCUCUCUGACUCAACCGGAUCACCUCAAGCUCUCCUUAUGAAGCCUCAACACGGAACCUUUACGGGAACUUUGAACAACAGCGCAAACGUUCAUGCGAACCAUGCAACACCAGCGAUGCAGCCACAGCCACAGCCACAGCCCGCGGGUCUGGAUCAAGCGCGGGUUGUUCAGGCGAGGCGUGCGCCAUGGAAUGGUGACGCGGUCGCCAUCAACCCAGUGGGACUCUUCCUCCGCCACUUCUGGCUGCUGAUGAGAAUCAUGAUCUUCAGCUACUUCCUGCUAGGCUCCAACAUGGGCUGGCGUAGGCCAUUGGCACUCGGCGCAAUCGCCCUGGGUUUCUGGCUCAUGAGGGCGGGGAUGCUAGGAGAUGGAGGUGUGAUCAGAGGUUGGUGGGAAGACAUUGUUAGGGAAGGUGCUGCUGCUGUGGAGCCGGCCCGCCCUGCUGGUGCCAUGCCUACGCCAGAGGAGGUUGCCAGGAGAUUGAUGGAGGAGAGAAGGAGAGGAGAGAAUGAGUGGGCGCGAUGGGGAAGAGAGAGGGUCAGGGCUGUUGUGUUGCUGCUUGCCAGUCUCUGGCCAGGAGUUGGAGAGGCUUUUGUCAGGGCUCGAGAGGCCGAAGAGCGAAGACUUGCCGAGCUAGAGGUUGCUGAAGCGAGAAGAAGAGAAGAGGAAGCUGCGCGAGUAGCCGCGGAGGAGGUCGUUAACAAUGAGAGCGAAUCGACUGAUGCCGCGGGUGCCGGCGGUGAGCAGGCGGAGGUUAAGAGCCAAGCCGUCAGUGAGGGAACGGCUGCGUCUGCUGGGGAAGCGACUCCCACUGGUCAACAGGUCUCGGAUGCGGAGCAGAGCAGAGGGCCUGAGCUGUCCGAUGCUUCCUCUUCUUGA